AUGGUGGCGGCCUCGCAAGCACCUCCUGUCCAUGAGACGCUCGCCGAUAUGGAUAGCCAUAUUGCGCGUCUCAAGGGCAAGGUUGAGCAGCAGCGCAAGGCCCUCCAGCACUGGCAAACAUGGGACGCCGAGUACGAGGCGCUCAAGGAACAAGUCCAGGUCCUUGCCGAGUCUCCGACAGAUGAGCAUCUACAGCGGAUACGUGCUGAUUUCGAUGGCGAACUUCUCGUCGAAAAGGAGUUUGAUGAUAUUUUCGGCCACCAGCGCUCUCGCGACCAAAUCGUGAAUGUCCUGGAUCGCCGCAUAGACUAUGUCAGCCAAAACGUUCGCAGUUUGCAAAACCAACUAGAAAAGGCCGAGCUCGAGGUUUUGGACGCAGACGCAUCCAACGAACAGGGUGCUGUCGAUGAGAACGGUCCUCCCAUUACAGAAAUCGUCGAAGAAUUGGACGAAGAGGGCAAUGUGUUGUCGUUCCGCCUGAACCGGCCCGGUGAGGCCUUGCCGCGUGUCAAGGCAGCGCUUGAGAAGGCUGGUAUUGAAACCUCAUCACCAGAGACUUCUUCAGAAAAGCCAGAAACAACGCCAAGCGGCGCCAACGCUGGCAACUCCCAACCCGCCAAGAAAGUCAAGGAGUCGAUACCGCUCCCUGCCGAGUCAGCGCAAGACCAAACCGCGGUGCCUCCGGUCUCGCGGAUGGCGAAGCGUGUCGACGGCAUCAUGAAAACGGCCAAAGAGCAAGAAAAUAUAAGCAGCCAACCUGCAAUUGUUCCUGAUGACGAGGAUCCCGACGAUGCGGCCCUUCGCCAACAAAUGCUCAAAUACAGCAUGGGCGAAAUGGGCGCGGUAGUCGCUGAACUCAACCUUGAAGAAGAAGAUGACGAUGAAGAUGACUUGGAAGAUGACGAAUGGCUGGAAGCCGAUGAGAUGGACGACGACGACGACGAAGAAGAAGACAGAUUUGGCCGUUUCACCGGUCGCAUGAUUACCGACAAGUACCAAAGACGAAUGUUGGAGCUUGAGACCAAACUCGGUGUCAAGUCUCGCUUCACGCAAAAGUUAGAGGAGAAGGCGGCAGAGAAGGACUCGGACGACGAUGACGGUGAGGGCAUCGGCCGCAUACGCAUUCAGUCACAGCCCACGCCACCUCCCGCCUCUCCCGCGACUGCGCCAACAAAAUCCAUCGUCAAGGAGAGAAGCUCUACCAAGAAGGAGCCGAAAAAGGGUGUCCGCUUCGCCAACGAUCUGGAUAUCGCUAACGAGGCUGAGCCAAACACUACCCUACCCGAAUCCAAAUCCGAGAGCACAAGUGCUGCUGAGCCCUUGAGUGACCUCAUUGUGGAACGAGAGCCUGCAUCCAAGCCUGUAUCCAAGCCCACCACCGGCACGCCCCGCACCCAACGGCCGUCGCGGUUCAAAAAGGCUGCGGCCGGCACACAGGCACAGCCCGGCAUCCCUAAAGGUCCCUUUGACGUUCCCGCGUCCCUUUUCCCGCAGCAGCCCCAACCGGCGGAGAGACUGGUCCCCACCGGUCCCGCGGGCAAAACCAUUGCCGACACGCUCGUGUCCAAGGACAGCGUAGCACGUCCCGCGGACCCCAGCGAGCUCGAUGACAACAUGGUCCACAUGGCGGUCGCCGAGGAGCACCACCGUCUGCGCAGCCGCUUCAUACGACGCGAUGGCGGGGGUUUCUCGAAUGAAGAGGAAGGCCCUAUCGAGCCCCUCGACGAUACUGAUGGUGGCGGCGAGUUUAUGAGCCGUUUCAAGGCCGCUCGUCUGUCUCGGCAAUGA